AUGAUGCUGCACCACAAGACAUACGCUAUCACCCUUCUACUACCUCUAUUGUUGUCUCCUGUUUUUGCCGAAGAUGCCAACCUAGUAGGCUGCAAAGAAGUCUCCUGCCCUAAAUAUGGCUCAAACGAUCGAUGCAUGGUUGAAGACAAGACUUUUCUAGGAGUCGGGCUAUCUCAUAUCCCGGAUGUGCCCUCUGCCCUAAAAGGCUUCUCCCUUGUGAAGGGUGUCAACGUCUCUGCCGUCGACGACGGUGCGGAUAACGAUAAGCCAACCCGCCCUUUCAAGUCGGUCUACUACCUGGCUGUGCCAGAGAAAGUAGAGACCAAGGGCCUCGCUAGCUGUGCCGUUAUCUUCAAUAUUCCACCCAGCAAGAAGUUCAAAGGCCCUAGACUGGAGGGAAAUGCCGUUGCAACCGAUACCCGUGCUGCCACUGGGGUUUGUUCUGAUGUGGUUGAGCAGCGCUGCAUUGAUACAAUUACGCAGCGGGCCAAGAAUGCGACUGAAAUUGCUAAUGGGAAUGCCUGCGAGGCUCUCGAGCGGGAACUGCAGAUGGGCCCCUUCGAUGGUUGCGAUGGGUUUAGCGGCCAAGGUAGCUUGUUGGCAAAUUUUACCGUCAAACCUCUCGGGGACCUCAAUGCGGUGAAAAACUCCACAGAUUGCUGGCCAGUACAGCAAAAAUCCGACAAGUUGAUGGAGAUUACCGAGGUCACUUCCUAUGCAAACUACACAGUUGAUGCUCUCAUUAAUGAAGCAUACAAGAUUACCCCUAUCCUAACCGUGUUCGUCUCCAAAAAUGGCAGCUUCGUCGAUAGUACCUCCGCGCAAAUGACCUGUUUAAAAGUGGUCACUCAAGAGAUCCCCACUGAAGACAAUCAUGGUGCUAAAAAUCUGUCUGCAGCCGUAAGGGGAGGCUGGUUGACUGUGGAGGAAAGGACAGGGAAUAACCCUUGGGAAAAGCUCAACGUAUAG